CCCACAAGGGAGCAGGUAUUCUGAACUUGGUGCUAUGUAACGAGCCAGACUUUAUAAAAGGUCUUAAGUCAGGGAACACUUAGGAGGCAGCUAUCAUAAGAUGGUAGAAUUCAGGGUGUAGUUCGAAAGAGGGAAGGUAAAAUCAGAUGUAAUGAUGUAAUGAUGGAAAUAAAGAUAAUUACAGGGGCAUGAGAGAGAAACUGACGAAAAUUGACUGGAAGCAGAGCGUAGUGGGGAAGGCAGUAGAACAACAGUGGCAGGAGUUUCUGGGUGUAAUUGAGGACACAGUACAGAGAAAAGAAAGAUUACCCGGGUGGGGCAUUAGAUAACCAUGGCUGAAGAAGGAACUCAGGAAAUGUAUCACAGAAAAAGAGAGAGCUUAUAAAGUUGCCAAGAGAGCUGGGAAAUCAGAAGAUUGGGAAGACUACAAAAACAAGCAGAGGAUAACAAGGAGAGAAUCAAAUAUGAAGAUGGAGAGUAUGAAUCACUACAAUAGUGCAGACAUUGACUUUGUUCUCAACUGUCAAGAUUUGAACUAUUCAGAUCCUGCUCCACAUUUCAGAUGUGAUCCCUACAUUGAAAUAAUUGAACAGCCAAAGCAGCGAGGUUUCCGCUUUCGUUAUGGAUGUGAAGGACCAUCUCACGGUGGCUUGCCAGGAGUCUCAAGUGAAAAGAACAAGAAAACAUAUCCAACAGUGAAGAUACACAACUACACUGGACCUGUCAAAAUUAUUGUACAGUUAGUGACCAUUGAUGAGCCUCCACUUCUACAUGUACACAGCCUAGUUGGAAGACAAUGUGAAAAUGGAAUCUGUGUAAUUCAAAUGGACUCUGAGGACAUGACUGCUAGCUUUCCCAACCUUGGAAUCCUUCAUGUUCCUAAGAAGGAUGUAGUAACAAUUAUAGAACAACAGCUGAUUAAGUCAUGGACCUCAGAUGCCCAAAAUGGGAAUGCUUCACUUCUUAAUGGAAAUAAUGAAAAUGAAAUGGAAUUGCAACAGAAACAACUAAAGAAAGAAGACAGGGAAAGAAUCCGCCAGCAAGCACAGAAGCAGACCAAGUAUAUGGAUCUCAGUGUCGUUCGUCUGAUGUUUACUCCAUACCUACCAGGAAGUGAUGGCAAAUUUACACGUACCCUUAGCUCUGUUAUGUCAGAUCCCAUCUUUGACAGCAAAGCACCUAAUGCAUCAAGUUUGCGAAUAGCAAGAAUGGCCAAAACAGCUGGGAGUGUCAUGGGUGGGGAUGAGGUCUUUCUGCUUUGUGAUAAGGUUCAAAAAGAUGAUAUUCAGGUACGCUUCUAUCAAGAAGAUGAGAGUGGCCAUAUUUGGGAGGCAUUUGGAAAAUUUGGUGCAGCUGAUGUUCACAGACAGUUUGCCAUUGUUUUCAAGACGCCAAAAUAUUUUGACAUUCACAUUACAAACCCUGUCUCAGUAUUUGUCCAGUUACGUAGACGUUCUGAUGGUGAAACCAGUCAACCAAAACCAUUUAUAUAUUACCCACAUAUAAAGCACAAAGAGCACAUUCAGAAAAAAUGGCACAAAUCUUUACAUAAUUGCUCAGAUAACUUUGAGGGUACACCAGAAGGUCACGCAGAAAUAUAUAGUGAUGAUCUGGGAAGGGAAAUGACAGUUUUAAAAAGACCUGGAUUUUUCAUGUCACCUUCAUAUACGGAAAAAGAUGAGAAUAUAGAAGGUUUACAGUUUCCUGUGGAUAAUGACAUAAUGACCUACUUUCCUGCAUGUGAGCUGCCAAGUUAUGGGGAAAUAAAAAAGCCAUUGGCUGUUUACAAUCACAUGGUAACAACACAGGAUGCCAGGAACAAUGUAUAAGUUCUCCAUCAGGUUGGAGAACUUUCGUAGUAAUAAUGUUUAUGCUCAAGUUAAAUAGGAUCAAUGAAAUAUAUAGUAACGCUACAUAUUUCAUAACUCAUUGAAAACAAACAUUGCAUGGUUAUAUAGCAAAAUAAUAUAUAUCUAUAUUUUUACAUACAGUUACGUGUAAUUAAAUGGGAAUACCAUUUUGUGAGACAUUAUUGUAAAUUGCAAAAAGACUCUUUUAAAAAAGUAAGUUCUCUAUUAGGAAAGAAAGCUGGUCAUAUGUUUGGUACAGCUAUGGACUGUUAUUUUGAAAUUUCCACUACAAAUUUAUUAUGUUGAUUACAAGUUGCAUUGAUUACAACUAAUUUUCUCCUGGAAUGAUGUGGUUAUUUUCCUGGGCAUGCUUUAGUGUCUGUACCAUUGCUUACAAAUUGGAUUUCAAACUUCAAUAUUGUUUUGCAAAAUAUUUUAAAUAAUAGGUAAGAAAUAUUAAAUUAAUACUUUGCACAUCAAAACCUGAUUCUAAUCAGAGCUUAACUGUUUUAAUUUAAUCUAUUUCAGAUAAAUUUAAUGAUAAUAUGCUUACUUAGGCACAGUGCAUGGUAAUUAAAUUUAGUUGCAUGAAUACCAUUCUGAAAGCCAACUGUAAAAUGUAUACAGUCCUAUGUUAUAUGUCAGCAGCCAAUAAAUUAAAGUAUUGACUCCUGAAAGUGACAAUUGUCCUGAUCUCUACAAGCAUUGUUCAUGCAGUUUGUGUGUUUGUGGAUAGCCUGGGUUAAUUAGCCUUUCACAUAGAAGACGUUUCAGGAUACAUUCACACAAUAAUUGCAGCAUCAAUGCACAGUAUCUUCACUUUGCAAUGAUGCUGCAGUUAUAUUGUAAACGCAUUCCGAAUCUGGAAUCAGAGCACAAAUCAACACUGAGUCAUCCAUAGAAAUGUAAGACAUAAAAAUUUUGGAUAUAAGAGCUGGAUUAAAUCAUUUGGUGAUUUGAGUCUGCACUGUCCUUCAGUUACAUCAAGGCAUAGCUGGUCAUGAUCCCAAUCCCACUUUCCUGUUAGCCCUCUCACUUCCAACCCUACCCCACAACUUUUGACUUCCUUUUCUAUCAAAAAUCCAUCUAACUCUGUAAUACAUUUAAUGACGAAGCCUUCACUACUUUCUGGGCAAGAGAAUUCGGUAGAGAACAAGCUCUGGGAGAAAAAGAAUCUGCUCAUCUCCAUCAAAACAGUGCCACCUCUUGUUCUUAAACUGUGUCCCUGAGUUCUAGCCCAUCCACAUAAGGGGAAUGCUCCCAAUACUCACCUAAUAAAUUCCUCUUGUGGCUGAAUGUGUUUCAAUAAAAUCACCUCUCAUUCUUCUGAACUCCAGUGGGCAUGGCUGAACGAAUUCAACCUUUCCUCAUGGGACAACUUGUUCAUCUGAGAAAUUAGUCAACUGAUCUUUCUUUGAAUGAUUACUAACACAAGCACAUGCUUUUUCAGUAAAAUCCCUUUAUUCUUGUAUUCCACUGUCCUUGCAAUAAAUGCCAACAUUCCUUUUGUCCUUCUGAUAACUGACUCUAUAAGCAUAAUAAUCUUUUGGAUUCAUAUACCAGUAUGUACCCAGAUCCCUCUGUGUCUCAGAGUUCUGCAAUCCCUUCCAUUUAAAUAGUAUUUUUUUUUCUAUUCCUCCAGUCAAAGUGGAUAAGUUCACAUUUUUCCACAUUUUACUCCAUUUCUUUUUACCCACUCACUAAAACUAUCUGUAUCCCUUUGAAGACACUCUAUCUCUUCUUAACCACUUACCAUCCUAACCAUCUUGGUAUCAUCAGGAAAUUCAUCUACCAUUCUUUCAGUCCAAGAAACCAUUUCAUUGAUAUAGAUUGUAAAUAUUUGAGACCCUGACAUAGAAUUCUGUAGGACUCUACAGUCUACCAAUCAUCCACUCUUCUUUGGGGAUAUUUCUGGCCUUGAGGUCUAUUUUACAAAACUGUUACCAUUGCGAAGUCAAAAGGACUUUGCAUUUAAUGUUAACCAGCAGUAUGACUGUGCCAUGUAAUAAACUUAAAAAUGGUUUGAACUAUGAAGUAAUUCAGGUAAUAGCACUUACUCUCCAUAUUCAAGUGAUAUAAAUGAUUUUUUUUCCUAAUUGUUUCAGUUGAAAUUAAAUGUAAUGGUUUCAU